UCGAGGGGCAUGUCGGCGGGCACAUCGACGGCCAGCGUCGGCCGCGCCGGUAUCCCCACGGAUGCCAUCUCGACGUCGGCCAUGAUGCAAUGCAAACCACACUGCUGCUACUGCCUCAGCCUGCGACCCUCUCUCGUAAAAGCAAGUGAGUGGAUGGGUGCGUGGAACUGGGAAUGGCGAUGAGAGAAGAGGAAAUAAAUAAAUAAUCCAUCGAGAGGCGUGUUGCAACACGCGCGCGCUUUGGCCGCUUUUUGAAUCGGCGCGGCCGAGAGAAAAAGAGCCAUUGUUAGGAGUGCAGCAGUUGGGAAAGUCUCGAGGCGGUGAGUUGCAGGCGCUCUUUGCUCAUCACUUCUGGACAAGCGAAGCGGAAGAAAGGCGAGAGAGGAGCCUGGCAUGCCGCUUUUCAAGAGCAAGAAGAGCAAGCCAAGUCUCGCUGCACCAGCACCAUACGACAACAGCGGCGCAUGGCCCGCCGGUGGUCCCGAUCGCGGUCCGAAUGAGCUGCACGCCGCGCCCCACCAUUUGCCUCCGCCGGCAGGAGCAGCGACGCACGCUCGGGCAGGCUUGGCCAAUGACGAGAUUCAGACCGAUGAAGAGCUGCCGAAUAAGCCGUAUAAGUACGCGCCGGAGCUCUCCAAGACGGGGAUCAACGUGGGCGGCCUUCCGGUCAAUGUGUUUGGCCUAAGCGAACUCACGCCCUCGACGUCUCGUGCGCUGCGUCCGCGCGUCCCAGACGUCGCCGUGGUGAUCCACAUGCAUGGCCGAGGCGGGAGCGCCGACAACGAAGAGCGCAUCGUGCGCCACCUGUGGGACUGUGUGAACCGCAGCAAGGCGCAUACGCAGCGGCAGAGGCUGCCGCUCGGUGACCAGGCGGGGGGAGACCAGCGCGAGUUUCUCCUUGUCAGCUUCGAUGCGCGCAACCACGGCCACCGUUUGACAGAUGCCGUGGGCCAAAAGGGCUGGAAGCAGGGCAACAAACGGCAUGCACUGGACCUCUACUCGAUGAUCCGGGGCACGGCGCAGGACGUCAGCCACCUCGUCGACAUGCUGCCCUCCUACCUCUUUCCGCAAUCGGACCGCGAGGUGGUGCAGUGGUGCGUGACGGGCAAGUCGCUCGGCGGGCAUGCCGCCUGGCACGUCCUCGCAAACGACCCACGGGUCACCGUCGGCGUGCCCUUCAUUGGCUGUCCUUCGUACGCGAACCUGCUGGCAGACCGCACAAAGACAUCCUUUGUCACCAAUGGACCCCCCUAUGUCCCCCAUGCACUCGCACAGCUCGUCAGGCAAACCGACCCUGCCUCGAGACCUUACUGGGAGCACGACGCCCGUGUCAAUCCCUUUUACGGUAAAAAGAUCUGCAUAUGCUCGGGCGCAAAUGACAAGCUGGUGCCCUGGCGCUGUUCGCGCGAAUUCGUCGAGAACCUCGUCGUGGGACCAACGCAAAGGCCAAGCGACGGACUCAAGGUCGUCCUCGUCGAAGGCGCAGGCCACGAAGUGACUGAAGGCAUGAUCGAGGAAGCUGGAGAGUGGAUCUAUGCUUGGAUGCGGUAAAAGAAGGACACCCUGGAAUUGUUCCCUUGCAUUGUAAUUAUAUCUGUACAUGAUGUGUAAUGGGCACUC